UUUGUUCUUCAGCCCAACUGUUAAAAACUUAUUGGCGUCUUUCUUAGCCAAUAGGAACACGGCACUAUGAGCACUCACAUGUCACCCAGCCAAUAGGCGCGCAGUGGGCGGGGCUUCGUUCCCGGCUAACGUAAGCGUUGUUUGUAGGAAGAAGAAGCCGAUUCUGGAAGCCAUUACGCUGCGCUCAUAAAGUGAGCAAAUCGUACUAUUUUUGCGUACAUUACGCACGCUUACCUCCGUCAGGAGCUUCUCCCGCAGGUAUGGCUUCGGCCGCCAAGAAGAGGAAGAUGAAUUUCUCGGAGCGGGAGGUGGAGAUCAUCGUGGAGGAAAUAGAGAAGCAGAAGCAGACUCUGGUGAGCCACUUCAACGCGGGAGUCACACACAUGGCCAAGAACAACGCCUGGAUGGACAUCCUGAAGAAGGUGAACGCCGUCACCACCUGCCCGCGCGAGCUGCCCGAGGUCAAGAAGAAGUGGUCCGACAUGAAGACCGAGGUCCGCCGGAAGGUGGCCCAGGCCCGGGCCGCCAUCGAGGGCACGGCCGCGGACUGCGCUCCGGUCCCGGUCAUCCUGACCGCCAUGCAGCAGCGGAUCUGCAACCUGCUGGGGGAGGCCACCAUCAUCAGCUUACCGGCCGGGGACCCGGAGGCGGAGAUCAGCCUGCCGGUGGCGGUGAGCGCCGCGACCACCGUCACCCUGACGGAAGCUCUUCCAGGACCAGCAGGGGGCGUCUGUGAGGAGCCCAAACCGCUGACCGCUGAAACCACGUACCACGCCCUGGAGGACGGCGGCGUGGUGGAGUACUGCACCGCCGCCGCCGUAGGAGACUCCGCUCCCGCCGUGAUGGCCACCGUGGAAACGCCGGUGGAGAUGCUGGCGCCGUCGCUCGCCUCGCCGGCGCCGCCGCAGGCCAAGCCGCAGGAGCUGAAGAGCCGCAUCGCCCUGAACUCAGCGCGCCUGCUGCAGGAGCAGCGCGUCACCAACGUCCACAUCCGCCAGAUCGCACAGCACCUGGAGGGGCAGAACGAGCUGCUGCAGGUGAUGCGGCGCUGCCAGGAGGCGCAGGCGCUGGCGCAGGAGCGGCAGGCGCAGGCGCUGGAGGGGACGCAGGCCGCGCUGCUGGCGCUGGUCCAGAUGCUGCGCCCGGCGCUCAAAGACCUCAGGAAGUUCCUGCAGAGCGGGGCGGAGCCGGCGCCCGCGGCGACGGGGACGCCGCCUGUCGGUACCGCCGCCGCAGAGGAAGAACAGAGCAGGUGUAAGAGUCCUGCUGCAGCGCCGCAGCGACCCGACCCGCUGGAGGAGACUCACUGACCCAAAACCGGUUCUGACCCGCUGGAGGAGACUCACUGACCCGGUUCUGACCCGGUUCUGACGCUCAGCCUGGUUUUACAGGCUACAGACAGGAAGCUGCAGUGCUGCAGUUGGACCACUGGGGGGCGCUGUGUCCCUACAAACUCCAUGUUUUUUUUAUGAAUGCAGUUCUGUUUUUAAUAAAUAAAAUCUGACUUCUGGGUUUUAAAGCUAAAACUGAACAAAGUGUGUGAAGGAAAUGACAUCAUCAGUGUGAGCGUCGCUAUGGAAACAGGUUUCUCAGUUUCUGCUCUGGAGCAUCCAGCUGGUUGUUAGUUGUUCACUUUCUGCUUCAUUAAAGUUUAAUUUAAAUUUU